AUGAGCGGAUUGAAUACAGAAACCAUUCUUACUGCAAAAGAAAGAAGACGACUUGCCUUGGAAGAAAUUGACAAUGCUAAAUUUGGCUGGUACCAUAUCCGAGCAUGUCUUGUCUCUGGCAUCGGCUUCUUUACGGAUGCCUACGACAUCUUUGCCAUUAAUCUAGUCUCGACAAUGAUUGGCUAUGUCUACUGGCCUAACGAAGGAAACAAGACACCGCAUGAUAUUGAUACGGCGAUCAAGGUAUCUUGUUCUGCAGGUACUGUUAUCGGACAACUUUUAUUUGGAUGGCUGGCUGAUCGUGUGGGUCGUAAAAGAAUGUACGGAGUGGAGUUGAUGAUCAUCAUCAUUGGUACCAUCGGCCAAACCUUGGUAGGUAAUGCACCCGCAGCCUCCUUUUGGGCCGUCAUCACCUUUUGGCGUGUUUUUGUCGGUAUUGGGAUCGGUGGUGAUUACCCGUUAUCAUCUGUGAUCACAGCUGAAUUUGCCACCACUCGACAUCGUGGCGCAAUGAUGGCCGCAGUAUUUGCCAUGCAGGGUAUCGGACAGGUUACGGCUAGUCUGGUUGGUAUGGUUGUCACUGCUGCUUACAAGAGUGCAAUUGAGGCAGAUCAAAUGUAUCUGGAUUAUGUCUGGCGUAUUGUCAUUGGUCUUGGUGCUGUGCCUGCUGUGUGUGCCCUCUACUACCGUCUGACAAUCCCCGAGACACCUCGAUAUACGAUGGAUGUCGAACAUAAAGUCGGUCAGGCUGAACAGGAUGCCAGAAAGUUCUUGCGUGAAAAUGGAAAGCCCAUUCCUUCUUCUUCUUCUUCUUCUUCUGCAGACACCAUACAGCCCAAGGCUUCUUGGAAAGACUUUUUUCGUUAUUUUGGUCGUUGGAGACAUGGUCGAGUGCUUUUGGGAACAGCGUAUUCAUGGUUUGCUUUGGACGUCGCAUGGUAUGGCCUCGGUCUUAAUAACUCGAUUAUUCUUCAAAACAUUGGAUUUGCAGGUGGACCAGAUGCAUACAAUGCCGUUUUCAAGACAUGCGUGGGCAACGUGAUCAUCAAUCUACUAGGAUCUGUACCAGGCUAUUGGAUCUCAGUAUUCACCAUUGACAAAAUGGGCCGUAAGACGAUUCAAAUCAUGGGAUUCACCAUGUUAACAAUUCUAUUUGUCAUUCUUGGUUUUGGAUACCAUGCCAUUAUUGAACGCUCGGUCGUGCUCUUUAUCGUCCUCUUCACGAUCACACAAAUCUUCUUCAAUUGGGGGCCCAAUACUACAACCUUUGUUGUUCCUGGCGAAUGUUUCCCUACUCGCUAUCGAUCGACUGCUCAUGGAAUUUCAGCAGCAUCUGGAAAGAUAGGAUCCAUCAUUGCUCAGGUUGCCUUUGGUUUACUCAAGGAUAUUGGUGGACCGAAUGCAUGGAUUGACCAUCUGCUUCAAUUAUUUGCCUUCUUCAUGCUCACGGGCUUAUUAUCAUCCUUUUUAAUCAAUGAAACAAAAGGAAAGACGUUGGAAGAAUUGUCGCAGGAGGAAAAUGCUGAUGAUGCAGACCAAAAUUCGGUAACUGACGAUUUAAAAAAUUAG